CGGUCAAUCAGUCUAAAAUACUUAUGCGACUAUGUUUUCACGACACUCGUGUCAUAAAUCAUCUCCAUUAUUAUGACCACUGAUCGAUUACAAAGUCGGGACGACGUCCUAUGCUAUGGACACCAGCGACCGGUAUUUUCCCUGACACAGACUUGUGAAUUUGACGUCGGUUUGAUUUUACUAUUGGAGAAAUAACACAAACGGAUAACCCCUAGAGCCAAUGCCUACAUCAACUCUGUCAUACUAGUACCAACGCACACGGCGAAGCCUUCUUAAUAUCAACAUCGAUUUCCCCGUCUCUUGCAGGUAGAUCAUUGAACAGAGCCUGCAAACUGGGUGCCGAAUAGCGCCUGUCCUCGGAACUUCUCGACCGACCACCAUGUUUAGAAGCGCAUCUGUGAAAAUAGCCCAUAGCUCAUCAAUCCCAGUUCCUGCGCUGAUAGGAAACGAAGAGCUUAGGCCUCUACAAGAUUUGAUUGCAGCAGAGAAAACAGUGUUGACUUCACUGCAAAGGCUGAGCUCUGACUUUUCGAAAGCUGCUGAUGCCAUGAGGACCUGGGCAGUUUCUGAAGGAGACGAUCUUUCCGAUAUAUUGAGUUCAUCCAGAACACUCCUGGCACACUUUGCAGGGGCGCUCACCCACUACAGCUCUAUUCAAAACGUCGUUCGAGACAAUAUGAAGGCUGUACGCACGCGUGAAGAAUCCCUUGAUGACCUCCACCGGCGCCGCCGGCGUACUGCAGCGUCCGUAGAGAGCAUCAAGAAAAAGCUCACCCGCAUGAAUAAGGAGACCAAGGCGUUCGGUGCACAGAUGGACGCACUACACAUCGCACGCGAGGACAUGCGAGAUUUAGAUGCAAAAAUCGCGCAAGAAGAGUCGACGAUCGGGUCUUUCAAACGAAAAUGUACACAAAACUGGCUGACACUGAAGUUUGGAGGUCUUGCAGAGUGCUGUGAGAAGGGCAUGAUUGUAGCGGAGAUAGGGAAGCGAAUGGUAGUCGUGGGAGCUUUCGGAGUCUCCCAGAACGCCGUAUUCAGGACACAAGCGAAUGACCUCGUUGCUCUCUGAAGCGCAGCAUCGCAUUGUGCAAGUCGUGUUUUCUGGAGUGCCAUCCGGCUAUGAUAUGCACGAAGCUCCGCAAACACCGAUUUCCCAAAGUCAUCCGAAUUGCUUCAAAGAUCUUCCAGAGAUUCGUGA